AUGGAUCUGGAUAAACCAUCUGUCUGGGGAUCAUUAAAACAGCGGACCAGACCUUUAUUAAUCAACCUGAGCAAGAAAAAGGCUAAAAAGAGCCCAAGCAAACCUUUGGAUUUAAGGGUGCAACAUCACCUGGACAGGCGCCUAAGCCUCUCAGUGCCUGACCUCCUGGAAGCAGAGGCUUUGGCCCCUGAAGGCCGGCCUUACUCAGGGCCCCAGUCAUCUUACAUCUCAGUACCAAACAGCCUGUCCACUGCAGGCAUUGUCCCGAAGAGUAGCAGCAGCUCACUGAAGCAGUCUGAGGAAGAACUGGACUGGAGCCAGGAGGAAGCAAGCCAUGUCCACGGGGUGGACACCGACUCUGAAGAGAUCUAUGCCUCUCCCGCAGAAGAGUGGCAGGCAUUCAGCCAGAGUGGCCUGGAUCUGCCCAAACCUCCCCUUGGAAGGGAUGCUCCCGAAGAGCCAGAGAAGACUCAUGGCAAUGACGAUCUGAAUGCUUCUAUGACAUCUCAGCAAUUUGAAGAACAAUCUACUCUUGGAGAAGCUAGUGAUUGUGUGAGUCACCUCCCGAGCCCUUUCGCGUACCUCCUCACCAUACACCUGAAGGAAGGCCGCAACCUCGUGGUCCGGGAUCGCUGCGGCACAAGUGAUCCGUAUGUGAAAUUUAAGCUGAACGGGAAGACACUGUACAAAAGUAAAGUGAUAUAUAAGAACUUGAACCCAAUUUGGGAUGAGAUAGUUGUGUUGCCAAUACAAAGCCUUGAUCAAAAGCUUCGUGUGAAGGUCUAUGAUCGAGACUUAACCAAGUCUGAUUUCAUGGGUUCUGCCUUUGUCGUUCUCAGGGAUCUUGAACUUAACAGGACUACUGAACAUAUUUUAAAAUUGGAAGAUCCAAACAGUUUAGAAGACGACAUGGGAGUGAUUGUGUUAAAUUUGAACCUAGUUGUAAAACAGGGUGAUUUCAAGAGGCAUCGCUGGUCAAAUCGGAAGCGGUUAAGUGCCAGCAAGUCCUCCUUGAUCCGCAACCUACGCCUCUCAGAGUCCCUGAGGAAGAACCAACUCUGGAAUGGGAUUAUAAGUAUAACUCUCUUGGAAGGGAAGAAUGUCUCAGGAGGGAACAUGACAGAGAUGUUUGUCCAGUUAAAACUAGGAGAGCAGAGGUACAAAAGCAAGACACUGUGUAAGAGUGCAAAUCCGCAGUGGCAGGAACAGUUUGACUUUCACUACUUCUCUGACAGGAUGGGCAUUUUGGACAUUGAAGUGUGGGGAAAGGACAGCAAAAAGCAUGAGGAGCGACUGGGCACGUGUAAAGUGGAUAUCUCAGCGCUCCCACUGAAGCAAGACAACUGCUUGGAGCUGCCUCUGGAGAGCUGCCAGGGGGCUCUCCUCAUGCUGAUCACCUUGACCCCCUGUACUGGAGUCUCCAUCUCUGAUCUCUGUGUUUGCCCUUUAGAAGACCCCAGUGAAAGACAGCAGAUUUCCCAGCGAUAUGCCUUACAGAACUCUCUGAAGGAUGUGAGAGAUGUGGGGAUUCUUCAGGUGAAGGUUCUGAAGGCCGCAGACCUGCUGGCAGCUGAUUUCUCAGGGAAGAGUGAUCCUUUCUGCCUAUUGGAGUUGGGCAAUGACCGACUUCAGACACAUACCAUUUACAAAAACCUCAAUCCAGAGUGGAACAAAGUUUUUACAUUCCCUAUUAAAGAUAUCCAUGAUGUGUUGGAAGUGACAGUGUUUGAUGAAGAUGGAGACAAGGCCCCGGACUUUCUUGGAAAAGUUGCCAUCCCUUUGUUGUCUAUUAGAGAUGGACAACCAAAUUGUUACGUGUUGAAGAAUAAAGAUUUAGAGCAAGCUUUUAAAGGGCUUAUUUACUUAGAGUUGGACCUCAUAUAUAAUCCGGUCAAAGCAAGUAUCAGGACCUUCAGUCCAAGAGAAAAACGCUUUGUGGAAGACAACCGCAAGCUGUCCAAAAAGAUAUUAUCGAGAGAUGUAGACCGAGUCAAAAGACUCACCAUGGCAAUAUGGAACACAGUACAGUUCUUCAAAAGCUGCUUCCAAUGGGAGUCCACACUAAGGAGUACAAUAGCAUUUGUGGUGUUUUUGGUCACCGUCUGGAAUUUUGAACUCUACAUGAUCCCUCUGGCAUUGCUGCUACUCUUUCUGUACAACUUCCUCAGACCCAUGAAAGGGAAACCUGGUAGCACCCAGGACAGCCAGGAUAGCACAGACAUAGAGGAGGAAGAUAGAGAGGAAGAGAAGGAAUCUGAGAAAAAGGGAAUAAUUGAGAGAAUCUAUAUGGUCCAGGACAUUGUUUCCACUGUCCAGAACAUCUUAGAGGAAGUUGCUUCUUUUGGAGAAAGGAUUAAGAACAUGUUUAACUGGACAGUCCCCUUUCUUUCGCUGCUGGCCUGUUUGAUUCUGGCCAUAACCACCGUUGUUUUGUAUUUCAUCCCUCUACGGUAUAUCAUUCUACUCUGGGGCAUAAAUAAAUUUACUAAGAAGCUUCGAAAUCCUUAUUCAAUCGACAAUAAUGAGCUUCUAGACUUUCUCUCCAGGGUGCCCUCUGACAUUCAGAAGGUGCAGUAUGCAGAGCUGAAGCUCUCUGGAAGCCACAGCCCACUUCGGAAGAAGAGGAGUACUGUCUAGGGUUUACACAGACUGAGGACUCCAGCAUCCAAUGUGCAGCCAAUCAGACCUGGAUCAUGGUUGCUCUAGUGGUACCAAUGUGUCCUGAGAUGGAUACUGUGUGCAGCCUUCUCAUCCCUCUCUGCUCUCUUUACAUACCCAGAUGCAAGCACACCUGCCCACAGGUCCCUAUGCAUGGGUAUCUCAGAUGCCCAGACAACCAAACCAUCAAAAGGCAUCAAGUCUGAGACUGUGGGAGCCUCGUAUCCAUUUUUCAGACAUAAAACAAGGUGUCCACAUGUCUGAACACCAUCCAUGAGAGCAGCCAGGAGACUACUUGAUUGCAGGAUGAUGCUGAACUUAUUUCAAUACCUUCAACAGAUUUGCACUAAGAAUCAGUUAUUUCCAGUUGAGGCUGGUGGCUCACACCUGUAAUCCUAACAGUGAAGAAGCCAAGGCAGGAUAGUCCAAGCUCAAUGCCAGCUCAGGAAUUGUGCUAUGUUAGCCUCCACUCUAUAGUAAAAACUCUCUCUUAAAGCCAACAAUCAACAGAGGUUCAGUUAUUUCCAGUCUCGACCUCCCCCCCCCCCCCACACACACUUAUUUCAUGUUAUUUUGUUUCUUCUAUCUACCCUGAUAAUGUACACUGGAAAAUGAAUGCUUAGUUAGUGAUUUCCAGAAUUAACUCAAAUAUUUAGGAAUCUUUCAACAGUAAUUACUAAAGACAUGCUUGUUUAUCUAUUUCUGCUGACCCCUUAGUAUAAGAUGCCAGUUUAAAUCACAUCUCAGCUGUUGUUGGCAAGGGCUAUCCUUGAAGGUCCCAAGGAGUCACUCAUUGAAGUCACUCUUUGGAAGAAUAAGGGUUUCAUGAUAAUAUUAUAUUUCUGUAAGAUGCCAUUUCUUCCAACUUCACUUUUGCUCAUGACUAAAACAAGAUGUCAAUGUGCAUCGUUAGAGAGAUGCUGGGGGUUGAGGCAGAUGAACGAGCAGAUUCUGGAUGUAUUUAGGAAUAUCAAGUAUGAAGGGACUUACUUAGUUGAGUCUCUUAUUGAAAUAUAAUCAUUUCAGUUGCCCAAUGUUUUGAGCAGACAUUUAAAAUGUAUUUUGUUGUUCAAAUUUGUGUUUUAUUUUUCUAAUGAUCAAACUAAAAUUUAGACAAUAAAAGCUCAUUUCAAAAUCCCAUUCAUACAAAACAACAUCAAAAGUCCUCUGUAGAUAGUGUUUGAACCCUGAGUACUCCACAAUUCCGCAGCACCCUGCCACGUUUAAAACAAUUAAUUACGUGCAUGUAAAAAAGUGUACAAAUAUCUUUGUAUUAAAAUGAUAUUUAAACUUUAAAAUCUAUAUUUCAUCAACAUAUACUUGCUAUAUGCAGGUUUGUAUAUGUAUUGUAAAGAAAAGCUGAGGUAAAAAGACCUAAUUUACUUGUGUUUAGCUCUCUUUUUUGUUUCUGCAUUGUAAUUUAAUAAUCUUCAAACUGUUUUAUGAAAAAAAAUGCCAAAGAUUCUCAACUUUGUCAUCUCAUGUCUCUGUUUUACUUCAUAUUCUUCUUCCCGAUUUCUCUGUGGCAGAGCCCGAUUUCUGCAUGAUUUGAUUUACUUCGAGUUAAUGAAGCUGGCUGGAAAGGAGCCUUGACGAGAUUCUAAAAGCCCCAGUAAAUCUGUUAGUUGUACAUACAAUAGAUACCCGAGAACUUCUUUGUCUAACCAGUUACUCAAUCUUCUGUGUAAACAAUACCUCAUUGUCUUGUUCCUGUCAUCCAGUUUAUCAUAGUCUGUCAUUUAGUAAUGACCCAAGGCAGACAUCUAUAAGCCGUCAUGUGAGAUAUGAUCAGCCAUUGGAAUGGAAACUUUUGGGAGCCAAAUAACCCCUUAUUUAUUUAAAUGUGGGACCCAUCCUUCAUGGCUGUUCUUUUCCUUUAGAAUUUUUAAAUGAAAUAAUUUCCCCAACAGGAAGGUAUCAUUAGUGAGACUUCUUUCCUCCCCAGCCCCAAUAGAACUCACAGCAUUAAAUUCAGGACACAAAUGCCAGCUGGAAUUUGAGAGCAAGACAGGGCCAACUUUUUCUAAACUCUCUGCUGAAGACAAUUGAUAGUUGAUGAAAUCAACAUUGCAUGCGAGAAAAUGAGUAUCUGUUGGAAGUGAAAUGUUAAGAUUUAUACAAUCAUAGUUGCACAGGUUUCAUCCAUACAUGCCUUGUCUGAGCCCAGGAUCUCAGAGAGAGACAAAUCGCAUAAUCUAAUACUUUAUUCCAUCUCAAAGAAGCACCUGUCACAGGGCUGUGGACAGAACUAUUCUUCUUGUAUGCAUGGGACUAAACCUAGCAUAAAUUUCUUUUUCCUUCUUCCACCGUUUGAUAUACAAAAAGAAGAUUUCUUCUAACCCAAGAUUUUAGCAACUUCCGCAAGAUAUUUUUUUCUUUCUGAGAAUGAUCACAAUCUACACUUAUAGAAAGCAGUCCUUUGGCAUGUCCAGAUAUGCCAGCAUGACAGUUUGUAUGCUUUGUGAAAGGUAUUGAGUAAAAUGCAUGCUAAAAAAAACCACCACAGCUGUAAAUCCGAUAGCUGGUGGCCAGUCUAAAGAGAAAAGAGCCAAAGGAAAGUACAGUUCUCACACCUCUACAGAACAGUCAUGAGUGUUUGGAGCCUGGUUCCCUAGUGACCCAAAAUUCCUUACGUAACCAUCUGGAGCCUAACUCUUAAACAUUCAAAGC